UCAUCUGGCCGACGUCUCUGCAAUGUCAGAAAAACUACACAAUAUUUUCUCUUUUUUUACAAAUAAUUAUUUAUUAUAUUUAAUGUAUUAUAGUAUUAAUAAUAUUUAGUCAUUUUAAAGUGUGUAUUUAAUUAGCUAGAUGUAUAAAAUAAUAUGGAAAAUUAAUGAAAAUCAAGACAGAUUAUAAUUGAAAUAAUAAAUAUUAAAAAUAUAAAUAAAUAAAUAAAUACACAGGCAAUUAGCCAACAAAUAUGCAGACGAUAAAGUGUGUUGUUGUUGGUGAUGGUGCCGUGGGUAAAACAUGCCUAUUGAUAUCAUACACAACAAAUAAAUUUCCAUCUGAAUAUGUACCAACUGUAUUUGAUAAUUAUGCUGUGACUGUUAUGAUUGGUGGUGAACCAUACACCCUAGGAUUAUUUGAUACAGCUGGUCAGGAGGAUUAUGACAGACUCAGACCAUUGAGUUAUCCACAGACAGAUGUAUUUUUAGUCUGUUUUUCAGUGGUUUCACCGUCCUCAUUUGAAAAUGUCAAAGAAAAAUGGGUACCAGAAAUAACUCAUCAUUGUCAAAAAACUCCAUUUUUACUUGUUGGUACACAAAUUGAUUUACGAGACGAUGCAGCAACAAUUGAAAAGUUAGCUAAAAAUAAACAAAAACCAAUAACAAUUGAUCAAGGUGAAAAACUUGCAAAAGAAUUAAAAGCAGUUAAAUAUGUUGAAUGCAGUGCUUUAACACAGAAAGGACUAAAAAAUGUUUUUGAUGAAGCAAUUUUGGCAGCACUUGAGCCACCAGAACUUCCAAAAAGAAGAAAGUGCAUUUUAUUGUAGAAAAACUGGACGAAAAAGGGUAAAUUUUCAUACCUGUUACAAAAAAAAAAAAAACCCUUUUAAAAUUAUUAUUAACAAAAAAAGAAAAAAAAAAGGAAAAAAAAAUUACAAAUAAAUAAUUUGUGUAUUACCAGGCACAAUAAAAAAAAAAAAAACAAAAAAAAAAUAAUUAACGAGUUUUGAGAAAUUAAUUACACGUAAUUUCUACCGCGAAAUAUUUCUAAAAAUAAUUUUUUGAUAUUAAAAACUCUAAAAUAUCGAAAAAAAAAAAAUAAAAUAAAGACAAACGAAAAAAUAGUCUUAAUUAUUAUUUUUUAAAACUAUAUUUUUAGAGGUUUUUUUUUCUUCUUUUUUUUGUUUUUUUUUCUUGAUAAUUAAUUUGGAGAUUAUUAGAACGAUUAAUUUCAAUUAAUUGUGUGCCAUAUCUAUCAGCACAUUAUGCUAAACUCGUUCUCGUAUCUUCUUUUAUUUAUAAAAAAAAAAGAAAAGUUAUAUAUAUAUUUUGUUUUUGAAAAUAAUUAUCUUGAGUCAUUUGGAUUUUUUUUUUUCAAAUAUAUAUCUUUAUCAAUUGAUUUAAAUAAAUAAAACAAAAUAAUGCAAGAAAAUUUUUUAAAUAUAAAUAAAAGAAAAGAAAAAAAAAAGAAGAAAAUUAUUUUGCAGUUGAAAUUUAAAAUGUGUUUUUUUAAAAAUCAUUAUUAUUUUUUUUUUAAUUAAAUUUUUUAAACAAUAAAUGAUGUUUUUACUUAAACACUAAUCUGCAAUUACACAAAUUUAUAUUCCAACACAAUGAAUUGAAUAAAUAUUUAAUACUUUAUAUAAAAAAAUUGCAUAAAAAAAAAAAAAGAAAAAAUAAACGUGGGAAAAAUCAUUAUAAUUGAGAUAUAAAAACAACAACAAAGAAUGUGAAAAUAAAAAAGAGAUGAUGAGAUGAAAGAUAAAUAAUAGAGUAAGAAAGUUUGAGAAGCAAAUGAAAAAGUUAAAAAACAAAAAACAUUUACUGGGUUUUAUAAAAUAAAAACCUCUGGUAAAAUUCAAAAAUAUUUAAAUAAAUGAAUAAGGCAUUUCUAAUGAUAAGUUACUAAUGUGAA